AAUUAUAUAUUGGCAAAUUUUUUCCUCUAAGCCAAUAUUACUCUUAUUAAUAAAAUUUAUCUUUGCUGUGCCAAAAAAAGCCUAGGAAAUGAAGGAUGACGAGUUAAAGCAAGUGUAUCCACAUCUGUCCCGAAAUGAUCGAGCAGCUGUUAUCGAAGCAAUUCACGGUUCUGGGAAUCCGAACAGAGCGCUUGGGAUAUUAGAUGAUGCAUAUGUAGCCUCCGGCCAAGAAACCUACCACCAAAACUUUUGGAAAAUGAUCGUGCCGAGAUCGGACCAACGCAGGGGUCAACAUCGGUCCACCAGUCGAUCUGAGGUUCAGUCGAAUUCUCGAAGUCGAACUGAGGUCCAGUCAAUUUCUCAAAGAGGAAGCGAGAUUCAAAGACAUCCUCGAAGUCAUGCUGAUGUUCAAAGGGCCUCUCAUUCAAGCAAAGGUCGGAUUCUACCAAGAGGCUCUUAAAGCAAUUACCGAGGUGUGUAAGGUCAGAUUAUGUUAAGAGAU